AUGGCCCCUAAAAUGAUCUUCGUCGCCAACUCGCGCAAGGAAGGUAACAGCACGUCCAAAGGCCCGGACAACCGCUUUACCGGCGACGUCUGGCUCGACUCCAUCUUCAACGACAAGCAGAAUACUAUUGCCAACGUCACCUUUUCCGGCUUGAAGGAAGCAUAUUGGUUCUGCUGGCUGACGACUAAUUUUGUGGGAGCCAGGCACACGCACGAAGGCGGGCAGCUCAUCAAAGUCCUGUCCGGCAGCGGCUGGGUCUGCGAUCGCGGCGACAAGCCCAAGCGCCUGCGCGUCGGCGACACAGUCUGGUGUCCGCCCGGCACGGAGCACUGGCAUGGCGCCGACGACGAGUCCAUGAUGAGCCACUUCGUGCACGCGCACGGCGCUGUGGACUGGUUAGAGCCCGUGUCCGACGAGGACUACAAGGCGAAGAAGUAG